AUGUAUCGUGAGCUAUCUUCCGUUGAGUUUGGCAAAAAGUUCAUUCAAACUCUCAAGGAAGAGGUUCUCAUGGGUGAGAAGAGCAAGGUCGAAGGCUUCUGUGGUUUCUGCCAUGAAGAUCGCCUUGCUCAUCUCGAUCGACGAUGCUUUGUCCUCAUCCACGCCUUUGAGCAACUUCUCUGUGGCUACGAGCGCGAGAACAUGCUCGAUAUCAUUAUUAGAGACGUCUACACUGAAACCUGUCUCUACGAAGCAUGGUCCGUCUCCGUCAGAACCUCGAGCCGUCCCAUCCACAUGCGUCUCGCAGCUGGCGCCCGUCUCAUUGCCUUUCUGGAACUCAAGGGUCGACAGACCGAGGUACGGAAGCUCCGUACAGAUAUGUGGGAAAUGUUCAAGGGCUUCUGCUCAACAUCUGUCUCAUCCGAGUCACUCUGGCAGCUUUUUGAGUUGACUCUUUCUAACAUCAACAAGAAGGUUGUGCAUAUUGACAUUCUCGAGCGUUUGGUUGAAGUCGGCCUUCAGGUCUACAAGGCUAAGGACUUCAAGCACUCUCAUGUUGUCAAACUUGCUUUCAAGAUCUCAGAGUCCUUCUCACGUCGCCACACUCACGACCAUGAUCAUGUCAUCAUUGAGCUCCAGCAAAUCUCAUCAGAGAUUCUUGUCGAGGUCCUCAAGGUCGGUCGUCUUGACAUUGACUUCGGUACCAUACCUUUUGAUCAACUGAACGUCAUCAUUCGCCUUCUCGGUGACAGGAAGAACUUCUCUAUGCUGGAGCGUAUCCUUCAGUACCUCUGGGAUACACGCAUGAGUCGAAACUGGUCCGGUACUGCGACUGUUGCAACUGGCCGUCGACUCUGUGAGGUCAAGUUCGCUGCUAGCCAUCAGUCAUCUGCCAUUUCUCUUGUUGAAAAUAUCUGCUACAGCCUUCGCGACGUUUAUGGGCCUCUCCACCAUCUCACUGUCGACUGUGAGACUCUUCGCGCAAGCUUCCACAACACAUGCGGGAAUCAUAGAGCAGCACGAGACAUUCACGUUCAUCUUCUCGAGCAAAUUGGCAGCAUGGAAAGCGAAACUAUGCCUGGUCGUGAAGAUCUCGCUGAUAUGGUUAUGGACCAGGCCAAGAGGUUGAAGUGGGCUCAUCAUAACCAUCGAAGCAAGUUUGGUGGUGAGGAUGACAAGGAUGAGUCGUUCUACAUGUCGAUUCUCGGAAAUGCGCAGAGUUCAGUUGGUGUACAUCAUAGAGUUGAGUCAGCGAAUUUCGGGGAUGCUCUAACGUUGGAUGGGGAGAAGAUGGAGACUAAGUGGAAGCAUCCUGAGAAUUGGAGCCUGCCUAUUCGUGAGGUUUUGUAA